GACGAUUACAACAGAUCGAACCGCGGAGACGAGUCGCACGCCGCCUCCGUCGCCGCCGUUUUUCGGGUAAUACGCGCGGCCGACCGCGAAACCGACGCCGCGCACACGCGCCACACAGACGCUAUUUAUGCAACGUUUGUAUUAUAAUUAUUAUUACUAAUAUCGUACACAUUGCCGACGACGUCGUAUUGCUGUGUGUAGGUUUGAUCUAUUUAUAUACGUAAGGCCGCGAUUGUAGACUUUUAUCGUUUCACGACGGAUCCGGGCCUGCAGGUCAUGGCCCUGGAGACGGAACGUUGCAGCCCGAACAACGCUUCGAGCCCCGGCCCCACAGAUAACAACCGGCGGCCCGGGCUGGACGACUGCAGCGAUCAGACCAAAGAAGUGGUGUCGUCGUCUUCGUCAUCGUCGUCGACGACGUCGCCGCAGCAGCCGCAGCCGGACGUCACUAUCUCUGCGUUCCGGCCGGUGCGUGACGGUGCAGCCGCGGACGGUGACGACGAUCGGGCCCCGCCGAAGGCCGUGGCCGAGGAAUCGUCACUGUUGGCCUGCAGCAAGCCUCUGAGCAUAUGUUCGCCGCUUCAAAACAAGACUGCCGUGGCGGUCGACCCACUUUAUAAUCGUCACGCUUCGCCGCCGCCACUGCAGCAACCCGCGAGGAAAAAACCAUCAUCACACGUUCAGAAGGCCCAGCAAGUGACCGCCGACGUGCCACGAUGGGUCCAGCAACAGCAGCAACAACACACCACCCACAACGGCGAUCAUGGCACUUUACAGCCACCGUCCACCGCAGCGGCCGCAGCCGCGGUCGAGUACACGAUGGCUAUGGCUGCGGCAGCCGCUGCUGCUGCCGGCGGUGGCGGUCACGUGCCGCCCGUGUUUCCGUUCAACUCUUGGAUGUACCGGUUCAACUUCCUUCCGAUCGUUCCAGCCGCGGCUGAAUAUUUCCGGGAAAUGCAACACCACAACCUCCACCACCCGAACGACAGUGGAUCGCCAGAAACGAGCGACGACCGACCACCAGUCGCGCUUCACUUGCAGCCACAGCACGCCGAAUUCGCGAGGCAACUGCAGCUGAACGGUACGGUGGCCAACCUCCACCACCACCAUAAUCCGGUGGUACCGUCACCGCAAGUGGUGCAGUCGGCAGCUCACCAACCCCUACAGCCACCACCACCGCCGCCGCCGCCCCAACCGUCUUUGCAGCAGCCGCCGAUGAUGGCCUCCGGUUACGUUUCCCGGCCGGCCAGCACUUCUGGUUCGUCGGACGUAUCGUCGUCUUACGGCUGCGGUGGCGGUCCCCCGACGGCCGCCGGCGCCGGAACUACAAAGAACUGCAGCAGCUACCGUUCGCCUUCACCUCGCUCGCCUAGCCCGUUCCGAUUGGCGUUUUCCGUCGACAACAUUCUUCGACCGGAAUUCGGCAGUAAACUCCAUCACCACCUACAGCAGCAGCAGCAGCAGCAGCAGCAGCAACACCACCAUCACCUACAUCACCAUCACCACCAGCCUUUGCAACAGCACAACCGCCACGGCAGGCCGUUGUCUGCGUCACCGCCCCCGCCAAACUCAGCCAAACUGCACUUUAGCACUCUGCUGCAGAACAAGCCACACACGCAGCAGUCCACGCCGUCGCUGCACCGGCCCGCUCCGACCCGUCCCAAAGCAGCGGCUGUCGGUCCCAAAAGGCCUGCGUCCGCUGUCACGGCGGACAAGGCCAACAAGCGAAAGCCGGUCCAGCAACCGUUGCCGGCAUGUUCGCCCGUCAUUAACAACAACAAUAACAACUGCUAUGACAGCGACAACAGCAAGUCGGCAAACGGUGGCCGGAACAACCAACACCACCACAAGCCAGACGACUCGGGCAACGAACAGGAAUCGGCGGGAUCGGAUGCGACCGGAAGCGGCGACCAGCAGUCCAACGACAAGGAGAUGUGGCCGGCCUGGGUGUACUGCACGCGGUACUCGGACAGACCGUCUUCGGGGCCCCGUUCGAGGAGGAUGAAGCGGAAGGACAAGUGCCCGGAGGAGAAGCGGCCCAGGACCGCGUUCAGUGGCGAGCAGCUGUCCCGGCUGAAGAAGGAGUUCAACGAGAACCGGUACCUGACAGAGCGCAGACGCCAGGAACUGGCCAACGAGCUGGGCCUGAACGAAGCCCAGAUAAAAAUUUGGUUCCAGAACAAGCGGGCUAAGAUCAAGAAGUCUAGCGGCUCCAAGAACCCGCUGGCCUUGCAGCUGAUGGCACAGGGGCUGUACAACCACACGACGGUCGCCAUGUCCGACGAAGAGAUGGACGACCACCUGACAGUCACGUCCUCGUAAUGUCAGCUGACUCCAUCCUUGUCUCUGCUUCAUGUUUACCAGUCGGCUGUGUACAAAUUGAGCGUCUUUGCCGUUGGAAAUUGUUUUUCUCUCUAAAAUCUUUAUACGCGGGUUAACCAGAGUUCCUUCUGACGGUACUGUGCAUGCUAUAUACAAUGCAAACAUAACCGACGGCACGUCCUCCAUUUACCCUUUCUCAUUUCUAUCAUCAUAUCCUCCAACAGGUGGAUUCCGCGAUAAGUGUACAUUCGUUGGUUUUUUCUUCCGUUUCUUCCACUUUUUACAGAGUCCUUUUCGUUUCAUCUUCCGGUAAUCGCACGUCUCCUCUCCCGCGACCAACCUCUAACUCAUAGAUUUUAUAUUAUUUAUGUGCGAUAUUAUAUUAUAGAUAUUAUAGUUAUAAUAAAUAUAUAGUCGACGCUUUUAUUUUAUUUUGCUAAGACUUUGUUUUUCGUUUCUAUGCACAUACAAUGUAUAGGUAGUUGGAUAAUGUGUUUAAAUUAUACUAAAAUUUUAAUUGUACGAACCCGGUUUCGUACACCGCGUACGAGUGUACAUAUUAUUAUAUAUUGUAAUCGUAGUACGUGCCGUGUAAAUAAUGCGUAAUAUUAUAGAUUUUAGGCAUAUCUCUUAAAUAGCAGUCUUACCGUAAGUCUUUGAUAAUAAUUAUUAGUGCGAAUUUAUACGAACGACAUAUGUUGAUGAUCUAUCUACUGUUGUGCGCCCAACUAUUAUAUGUAUCGCCGUCGCGUCUAUUCUCGCUUCAUUUUUUUCUGCAGGUAUGUAGAACAAUCGCGUUUCGUUUUCUGAGUUUCUUAGGCGCUCAUUUAUGUAUUAUGUGUGGACGCGAAAAUAUAGAUACCAUGAUAACCGGAUUGUUCGAUCUCUAAGAUCCUAAAAUUCCAUAAUAUUUUCGAAGAGCGAAAUUAGUCUUAAAACACUGUUCAACCGAUUGUGUUGUCAGGCGACGGUCGUAAUCGACAUGUUAAAGAGUGUCAAGGCGCAUUUUGAUCAAUACAAUCCUUUGUCUCUACUUUUUUUCGAGAAUAAAUUGUAUAAAAAAAAGAAAGUAAUCAUUUUUGUAAAUACCUACAUAUCGUUAAAAGGUACUAGAUUAUGCGAUAAUCGUGGAGCAGCGAUAAUUAUCAUCGGUGAUUUUCAUUUCAAAAAACAACAUACAUUUUUUAUGUGAUUCAAUAUUCCCGUUCUCUUGAACGAAACACUACCGUGGGUAUAUUCGUGAUCCUGCUAUCGAAUAUUUCUGUAUGCGAACAGCGUGGGUAUCCUAUCUCCAUUUUCGUGUCUUAUAAUUUGUUUAUAGGUACCUACUAUUAACUUGUAGCCAUAAUUAUUGUGGCAUAUUGAUGAGGCUUAAUUUACUCACAAGCACUUGCCGCUAAAUGGUUCGUUUGAA